AUGAAAGUUGAAGAAGACAAGGAACGUGUUAGAUCCAUGGUGCCUUACCAUGAACCCUAUCAUGUCCCUGAUAACUAUGGUAUAACUUCACUGACCCUCCACACAGCACCCCAACCUGCGACAUCAAGCCCCGCUUCACAUGACGAUCUCGAACCCGAUGCUCCAUAUAGUCUUGAGAAAGUAUUACAUAAAUGUUUUGACAACCCUUUCACUUCAGACGAGAAUCGGCUCCCUGAGCUCCUCAAUCCUCUCUUCGACCGCCCUCGGGAUGGACGAAUCAAUGGUCAUAUUAAAUGCAACUGGCCAAGAGAAGAACAAGCAAACGAACCACUUGGUCCUGCACCGGUGCAAUCAGGCGGCGGUACUCAGCACGUGCAGCAUAGGGCUCCGCCGUCCACGGGCAUCGAAUCAAAGUUCUCAGGCAGCACUCCAUCACAGACAACGAUGCCGAAUGCACCAUCUUCAUUCCAAGACGUUUCUGCACACGCUCCGCCGAAGCUUCCACCAUGCUUCGGGCGCCUAGAUGCUUGGUCUAAGAUGGACAAGUGGGGCAAAAAGGCAUUCAUAUUCUACGCUGAAAGCUGGUGCCCUGGAAGAGUCAAAGGCAUAUCGUAUGCUGUGCAAAGUCUUUCCUUUAUUUACAUACAUGACUAUUUGGCCGAUCAGCAUCUUCGAAAACGAGCUAACGAACUAUAUGCCAUGGCGGUUCAAGAGCUUGACAAAUUACUGAAAGGGUCUAAAAGUAACAUGUGGUGUCAAGAAGUCAUCACUAUGGCCAUAUUUCUAUCUAUGCAUGAUGUUAUUCUUACUGAAAAACGUCUGGAAAAGGAUGGAAAGUCUCAAUGGCUAGGGGGGUUUAAGCUAUGUGAGUAUCUCCUCCGACAAACGGAUCCCGGUCAUAGGUUCUGGAACCAGAAGCGCUCCCACCGAUUCGAUCGGCUUCGCAUUUCUCAAUCCAUUAUCGUUGGUCGGGCAGUGAUUCUUGCCGAAUCCAUGAUGGAACUCCCUCUUCCCAUGAACCCUGAGACCGAAUGCACGAGAUUUGACUGGCUCUUGUAUGGCACAGAGGGUGAAAUGUCCGAGAUUCAUGGCGGUUGUGGAUUUUCAAAGUUGAUAUUGCACACUUGGAGCCAGGUCACAUACUGCGCAGCACGCUUACAGCAGGAACCUUGGAGUCCUGUGGUUCCCUCAACAGCGAAAUUCAUAUUUAGUAAAUUGACACGGAUACGUCAGUGGAAUCGUGAGGGGAAAUCUUUGAAAGAACGCCAGCCGCGCCCCGAGACGAUAACCUGGGUGCGUGACGCCUCGGACGGUUUUGUGAUAUCCUCGAAAGAGGAAAUGACGGAGGUUACUGCCGAGGCAUGGAGAAUAGCAGCGAUAAUCUAUUAUCUAUGCCGACUCUUAAGGCUACCACGAGACCAUGAGGCUGUUGUUCACAAUAUGGAACUUCUCGCCAAGUGCAUACGUAUUAUGCCAACAUCGGGGUCAUGUUUCACGGCCCAGGCACCGUUGCUCCCGGUUUUCUUCUUGGGUCUGCUCUCUACGACACUCGAACACAGGGACGUAUCACAACGUUGGUUUGAAAGGGUUUCGGAGGAAUCAGUUCGAAGUAGUGUCAGGCUAUUAUACAAGGCGCUCAAACGGAUAUGGAAAUGGAUUGAUGUGGACCCAGAGCUCCAACAUAACCCAACACCCGUCGCCGACGACUUGGGCAAGAGAGACGCUUGGUGGGAAACUCUUGUCAAAAAAGUUGGCGAGCAAGAAGGCCAAACUCUGUGCUUGACCUGA